GAUCACACAAUCAAAAAGCUUCUUUUAAUAUUUUGGGAGAUAGUGCCGAAAACUUCUCCAGAUGGCAAGCUUCUACAAGAGAUGAUUUUAGUUUGCGAUGCGUAUAGGAAGGACUUGCAGCAUCCUAAUGAAUUCGUCAGAGGCUCGACCCUCAGAUUCCUGUGUAAAUUGAAAGAGCCAGAACUUUUGGAACCGCUGAUGCCUGCAAUUAUUACUUGUUUGGAGCACAGACACUCCUAUGUCAGACGUAACGCUGUGCUGGCAAUUUUUACAAUUUAUAGGAACUUUGAGUUCCUCAUUCCUGAUGCUCCAGAAUUAAUAGCCAAAUAUUUAGAAGGAGAGCAGGACAUGUCUUGUAGGAGAAAUGCAUUUUUGAUGCUCUUACAUGCUGAUCAAAACAGAGCACUAGCUUAUCUAGCUGCUUGUUUGGACCAAGUGCCCAGCUUUGGUGAUAUAUUACAGCUGGUUAUUGUUGAACUAAUCUACAAGGUGUGUCUAGCAAAUCCAUCAGAAAGAGCACGUUUCAUUAGAUGCAUUUAUAGUUUAUUGAACUCUCCAAGUGCUGCUGUACGUUAUGAAGCAGCUGGUACCUUGGUAACACUGUCUAAUGCCCCCACAGCGAUUAAAGCUGCAGCCUCCUGUUAUAUUGAGCUAGUUGUCAAAGAAAGUGACAACAAUGUUAAACUGAUCGUGCUUGAUCGUUUAAUCGCGAUGAAAGAAAGUCCUGUUUACGAAAGAGUUCUCCAAGAUUUAGUUAUGGACGUACUUAGAGUUCUAGGUUCACCGGCAUUAGAAGUCAGAACUAAAACGUUAGCCCUGGCCAUGGACUUAGUAACCACACGUACCAUAGAGGAAAUGGUUCAGCUCCUAAAGAAAGAAGUAUUAAGAACUGUGGGUGGGGAACACGAAGAUGCUGGUAGAUACAGGCAACUUCUUGUGCGAACAUUGCAUGCCUGUUCAAUAAAAUUCUCAGACGUGGCAGCUACGCUGAUACCUGUAUUGACAGACUUCUUAUCAGAAAACAACGAAGCUGCUGCGACAGAUGUGCUAGUGUUCGUCCGUGAAGCUAUUCAAAGAUUCGAGAAUCUUAGACCGCUCAUAGUUCAAAAGCUACUUGAAGUAUUCCCACAUAUCAGAUCGGUAAAGGUACACAGAGCGGCUUUAUGGAUUUUGGGUGAAUAUGCUACAACGAAAGAAGACAUUGAAGCCUUCAUGAGUCGAAUACGAGCUGCCUUAGGAGAAUUACCAUUACUAGAGGCAGAGAACAGGCAUCAAGCUGGCGAGAAGACGGAAGAUGGAAAUACUCAAGCCACUCCAGCACAGUUGGUCACAUCGGAUGGAACUUACGCGACCCAGAGUGCAUUCAGCACU